AUUCCAAGACCUUGACGGGCAAGGUAUGGUAUUCAGGGUGUACAUUUAGUCGUGAUCUGACUCCCUCAUCUAUGCGGGCGGAUGUGUAACCGUUUCUGUCGUUCAUCCGCAUUUAGCCCCGCAAGCGACUCACACAAUCUUGCGACCGCUGCAAGGCAAAAAAGCGUCGGUGCGACGGCGGCCAUCCAUGCGGCAACUGCAAGAAGGCUCAGGCAACAUGCACCAUGCUCAUCGAACAAAAGAAGCGCGGCCCCAAACGUAAUUCCAUAACCACCACAACAGUAUCUUCAGUGACACCAAGGAACAAGUCCACAGCAAAGAUCGGCGAGGCGAGCAGUUCAUCAUCGAUGCACGCCCAGGAGCCGACAUCCCCCUCCGUCGAGUCUGAGGACGCAAUGUCUGAGGACGAAGAAGAGGAAGAGUACGAGGACGACCAAGGCACUGAGGAAGCCGAAGACGUUGAAGAGGAAGACUACGAGCUCCAAACCACACCUCAAGAUACCAGCGACAUGGACAUCGUAUACAUCAACACUCCCGAAGUCGUGGACGAAUCCUCACCACCAUCAAAUCCUAAUCGAGACUCCUUCUUCGGCGAGGGUGAUGACGCCGAUAACAGUAGCUUCUUCCGCGAGCUCGAGGCCUUUGGCCCAAUCGUGAUGGAUACCACUUUACCUAGCGGUGACGACGGAUCGCGCCGUGAUUCCCUCUUCAGCGACGAGUUCAAUUACGACAUGCUGCCAAACAACUUGCAGCUGUUCGAUACCGUAGGCUCGCCCGCGUUCCCAUCGUCCAACACGCCAAUGUCGGGGUCUACGGCCGACUACUUGAGUCAGAUUCUGGGAACACCCAGCAAUCUGAUGAACGCGGCUGCUCUCAACGCCAUUGCCCCUGCGGAAUGGAUUUGCGAAUCUAUGGCGCCGACGAACUCGAUCCCUACGGUACCUCAACCGCCACUCUAUCCAGCGGCGGCAAGCCACUCGACCGACAUCAUGGGAGAUCGCGCAAUGUUCCCCAGUAUACCCACGUUCCCAAUGAAGCCCGAUUUCGCACCCCGCGCAGCGACGUGGAAGCUGUCUGAUCUCAAGUCCGACGAUUUGCAACUGCCUGCCUCCCUGGCCACCGGUCUCCCAGACGACUUCCACUUGCACGUCAUCACAUUGUACUUCACCUACUUCCACCCAUCAUACCCAAUCAUCGACGAGCCCACCUUCUUCAAGUCGUUGCUGUCGCUGCGCGCUCGCUCCAGGCUCGCGACCGGUACUCCCGAUGACAGCUCGCCAAGGUCAAUGCAUCCCAGUAUCGAGGGCUCCAAGCAAGAUGACGCAAGCGGCAAAUUAGGUGUCUUCGACGGCGCAUCCGAGGCUCUCCUGAACGCCAUCUACGGUAUCGGCACCCUCUACUCCGCUCACCCCCACGUCGCCUCGGUCGGCGGCCGCAUCCCUCUCAGCGAGCGCUUCAUCCAAGUCGCUCGACGAUCCCUGCGAAUCGGCUCCGACGCCAUCGCCCGAUGCCUCAUCGACACAUGUACAUUCGGAUGUACAGUCAACACCCCGAGCGAGAUGGAGCUCCUACCCGGCACAUGGCGGAUUGCACAGAAGCAGCAGCUGGCAUUCGACAGCCCUUACUCGUCGUUGUAUCACGUUGCGAACGGUCGUCAGGCGCCUACGGAUACUCAGCCGGCAGGCAAGCAGGCGAAGAAACGUGCGUGGUGGGGUAUCUUCUCCCUCGAUACGUUCACGGCGCUGUGCACCGGGUACGACUUCCUCGUCGAUGAAGCGCGAUACAUGGGCGCACUCCUUGACACUGAAUCGUUGUGCCGAGUUGCGACGCAUACCCUCGCUGCAGAGAAAGCGGUCCAAGACUCGCGAUACGGGUUGACCUUUGCUCCGUCCGGUAUUCAGAUGUGGGCGUCGCCUGAGCAGGAAAGCUCGGUGGUCGACACGACACCCGAACUGGUUUGGGACGCGGCAGGUCUUGGGUCGCCUCGUUGCACUAUCUUCCAAUUCUCGUCGGAAUGUACAUCGGGGUACAGUGCCGCCCAGCAACUGUCGACACCUGCCGAGAGCAGCGCUGACCAGCUCGUGACUUCGCUUUCCGACGUACAGCCGCACAUCAGGUUGUCCAUCUUCCUUCGCAAGAUCAUUCGGGGUACCACGCAGGCGAACCAGAAUACGCCAGCGCAGGUGGCGGCUCUGCACGGCAAAUUGAUGCGCUUAUCGACUUCGUUGCCGCUGGACGUCAGGCGGUAUGUGGCGAUCGGUCAACCUUUGACGGCAACCGAUUACGUCAAGCAUCUCUCGCCUACUUCCGUGCACACCAUCCUCCUCUUCCUCGCGUCGCUUUCCGUCCUUCACCAAAUGCGUCUCGAGGAUACGUCCAUCAUGCACGACACCACCGUGCUCGGCGCGACCGCCACAGGCACGUCCGUCAACACGUCAAUGACGAGCCUCGGCGUCUGCUGUGCAGUGUACACCCGCGCGGUCGCUCUCCUCGACUCCAUCUACGCCGCCCGCUUUGCCACAUCCCUGAACGACGGCCCAACCGACAACGGCACCCUCUCGGCCCUCUCUGCACCCGCGCCGCCAUACCCACCCCACGAACUCGUCGCGCUGCCCUUCACACCCGUCUUGCUCGCCCUCACCGCCAUCCCCGUCCUGUCAUCCAAGCAUGGCCAAGUCCUCGUCAACGCGUCCGUCGGCCAUAUCGGCACCGCGCCGAGCGAUCUUCCCUGUCUCGAGCGGGGGAUCUUACCCGCACUCGACGACAUUGCGAUGGUCUGGCCACGUGCGAGCUGCUACGCUGCUACCUUGCGCAGCUGGGCGGAGGUGGUGCGUGAACCUGUGGCGGUAAAGAAGACGAAGGUGGCCGAUACAGCUUCGUUGUUGUGGAAGAAGUGGGAUGGUUCGUCAAUGCAGAGGAUCAAUGUGGCAUUUGAUAUUUGAAGAUGUAGUUUCUCUUUUAUGUCGUGUAUAUACUUUUUUGUGCGUCUUACAUUUUGGGAGAGUCCGAUGAGGACUUAUGGUUUUGAAUGCGAAACAAGAAUACCUUUUGCACAGACUGAUCGCUUUGAUUGAUGCGCAUGCAUGAAACCGUCAUGGGUGGUGGGAUGCCUACUCUCUGAAGUCUCACUCCAACGCGCAGUCGGUCUUACAUACUUGGAGACCAGUUCGGACCUCGUCAUUUCUCCCAGCCCCCAUGCACUUCGCGUCGAAGGGAUAGUGGUAACUGCACAUUGCCAUCAUAUCAGCGCUAGGACUCUCAUUGUUCCCACGGCUUUCCUCAUCGACCUGUUUCAUCUAACUCACCGUCUCCGGAGGACGUUGUAACAAUUGGAACCUCAGCAAUGGUGAAGACGACAUUCGCCAAAACGGUCGUCGCCUGUCGCUUCGAUACUGGGAGAAACAGCUGCUGGGAG